CUGCUCCUUCCUGACUCUGUGUGUUUACUGGUCGAGACUGCGGGCGGAAAAUGAAGAGAUAGGAAAGAGCUGGGAAUUGAACAGCUUCGGGAAUAUUGUAUCUGAAGUCUCGGUAAUACACGACCACCAUGACGAACGUGUACUCAUUCGAUGGCAUCCUGGUUUUCGGCCUGCUGUUCGUCUGCACAUGUGCGUACUUCAAGAAAGUGCCCAGGCUAAAGAACUGGCUGCUGUCGGAGAAGAGAGGCAUCUGGGGCGUCUUCUACAAAGCGGCAGUGAUCGGGACGCGUCUGCACAUCGCGGUGGCGCUCUCCUGUGUGGCCAUGGCCUUCUACGUCUUGUUUAUAAAGUGACACGGCUCGGCCUGCGCUCAUGGACACGGGACAAUCAGUGUGCUCAGACCUCCUGGACCCCCCCACCCACCCUCCUCCUGCAGGGCGGGUGUGGCGUUCGGUUCAUCGGGAGUCCCAGAUGGGGCUCCAUCACCUGGUGCCGAUCCUUUCAGCAUCCACCAGCCACCCCCGGCAUUUCCAGAACAGAAGGGCAACUUGGGUGUGCGUUUAUUUCUCGUGUUCCUUUCUUCAUUGUCUUUUUCGAUUCUUCAUCCGGGGGGGGGCACAAUAGGAGAGCCUGUUUAGCAUACAUUGGGGCUGCAAGAGAAGAAAACAUUGUUAGAAGAAAGAACUUUCUUUUUUUUUCCGGCCACGGGCCAAAUGAAAGCUACGAAUCCUCCGGGAUUUUUUAGUAAAUUUGCAUCUGUGGGUCUGUAUUGGAUAGGGGGAAGCUCAUUUUGCCUGGAGACUAAAGAAGCAAAAUUUAAUGGUACAGUAGUCACGUAGAAGCCACUUUCCUCUGUGUCGGCUGGGCUUUCUUGUGCGGAAUCUGUGUGCGAUACCGAUCUCAAUGCAGUGGAAAUGGAAUGUACAUUUUAAAAUGCUGGGGCAGAGAUGGAUAAAGAAGUGCAAGAUGUAUUUGUUUAUGAAAUCCCGCUCUGAUCCUUGCAAGUAGUAGUAUGAUGAAUAGAAAACCGUUUUCACUAAAAGAUUUUAAUAUUCAAAACCCAGAGGUAGGGUGAUGGUUUGCACAGUGUUUCUUCAGAUGUUAAAAGGUUUGUUACUUAUUGCCUUUUUUGCUCAUUUUAGAUUUUAUGUUUUGUUUGUUACAUGGAGCAUUCAGAUUCCAGGGAGAUUUCAUGCGUUGAUGAAGUACUGUAUGUAGCUCUGAUCAGGUUGAGUACCUGGCCCCAGUAAUUCUUAUUCCAGAUUUUUCAAGCUGUAAAAAUGUAUACUUCCAGUUAUUUUGCAUGAACUGCAUUUAUGCUUGAUCUUUUCAAAUACAGCUGUCUAUAUGAUUUGUGGAGAAGAGAUUUUUGGAAAUACAGGACCUGAAGAAUUAACACUUGUGUGGAUUUUGAAAAUGUGUUUUUUGCCAGUCAACGCUCAAGACACUAGACAGAAGUGAUGGUUCACCUGCACCCUUCCCUGUUACUGUGUAUAUAUAUUUAACUGGUAUUGUUAAGAUUCUUUUUUCGGGGGUGGAAAAUGGUGAUCUUUCGCGAGAUAAUUGCAUUCACUUUGUUAGUGCACUACACAACCUUACUAAACAAAUCAAGGCACAAAAAAAGUGAAUGAUGUGGUGUAGGAGCCCAAAGCUACUACUGCAAAAACCUUCUGUUCCUGUUGGCUUCAUGUAGUGAUGAGUCUCGAGGACAGACCCAGCAAGGAUUUAAUCAUGUUAAGUGAGCAAAUAGGCCAAAGUUUCAUUUGAUGAUUGGUUUAGUAAAUGACAAAUUAGAGCAAGAUUUGGGAAGUUAGUCCCUUUAAACUGAAUCGUUUGCAUUUACAAGUAGUGUGCCAGGUGUUCAUUAGUUAGAUCCUGGAAAAACUAUCUAUAAAAGGCUUUGCAUUUUUCUGUGUCCUGUAUUCCAGGUUCUUCAUUUGUCCUCUCUUCUGACAUUUAAUUACAGUUUUUUUUUAAUUAAACCACCUGUGUUUCUUUGUCAAGGCAAUUGAAAUGAGAGACAGUGUUGUCUUUAUUACAUUUGAUUUUGAAGCAGCUAUGCUCUGCUCUUCGGUCUUGCAGCAGGAUGUGUGCACUCAAAUUCCAUCACUCAUUAUCCUGUGUUAAAGUGGAGAGGGAGUCCAGUGAAAAUCGUGAGCCUUCGU